GAAACGAUGGCUGCCGUAAUUAUCGGACGUCUAUUGAUAACAACGCUAGUCUUCGCUGCCGCCAUAUUGGACCGAGGUAGCUGCGAGGUAGACGAGGAUGUCAUCGACCUAACGCACACAUAUUUAAACGACGACAUGCUAGCAUGGCCGACGGAUCUAGCGUUUAACAUCAGCGUCGGCUUCAAGGGUAAGACGCCAGGUGGCAUAUAUUACGCGGAGAAUCGGUUCUGUACGAGCGAACACGCCGGAACGCACAUGGACGCGCCGACGCAUUUUUUCGAGGAUGGUAAGCCCGUCCAUCAGAUAUCGCUGAAGACCAUGAUCGGUCCCGGAGCCGUCAUCGACGUGUCUAGCAAGACCAAAGAUAACCCAGACUACGAGGUCACCGUGGAGGACAUCUUGGACUGGGAAGCUGACUAUGGCCGCAUCCCAGAUGGAGCCGUGCUUUUGCUGAACACGGGCUGGCACCGACGCUGGCCAAGUGAGGUAGAUUACCUUGGUAUGGUAGACAGUAACGACCCCUUUAAGUCAAAGUUUCGCUGGCCGGGGCUGUCUGGGGAUGCGGCUCAGUGGUUAGUCGACAACAGAAGUAUUAGCGUCUACGGUGUCGACUGCGUAUCUAUUGACUACGGUGCUUCGUCGACGUUUCCCGUGCACAAGAUUUUUUUGGGCCCUGAAAACGAGAUCCCGUCACUCGAGAACGUCGCAAACCUGGAUGCUAUGCCCCCGACGGGCACGAGAAUCUACGCUAUCCCGAUGAAGAUCCGUGAUGGCACUGGCGCCCCCACGCGGCUGUUCGCUGUAGUAAACGGCGCGCAGCGCCACUUGCAUGUGUUUGGGUUGAUGGCCGCUGUUGUGCUUAUCGCCACACACUGUCUGUUCUAGUUAAUUAUAAGCCAUCGCGGUGGCCGCAACCCUAUAUAGUUGCUGUUUGCGUUAUGGAUUGUAGUAAUACAACGAUCAUUGUACGAAUAUAAUCGGUAGUUUUCUUCAAAAGAGAAGGGUAUGUCAUAUAUAUAUAUAUAUAUAUAUAUAUAUAUAUAUAUAUAUAUAUAUAUAUUAUCCAUGCAGAGUUCUAGAUAUGUUAAUUUGGUAUGUUUUAUCACUGUUAUUAUCUACUAAUUCAAAAAGAGUUAGCUGCGAUCUGAUAGUUCUGUAGACUUAGAUUAGUAAUGUAUUCAUAAAUAGCACAUUCAUCGCUAAGCACAAAAACAAUAACGCGAGGUUGUAUGAAAUUUUACUGUGCUGUAGCUGGUGUUGGGUUUAUUUUAUCAAACAUUAUGUGCAAAUAAUAAACGUAAAAGUAUCAUUACGCUGCUAGUUGUAAUGGAAAGAACCCGUUCAUUUGAAAAAAAGAUUUGUUGUGAUCAAAUAUCUAAGCUCCUAAUACACUGACAUGUGUUUCAAAUGCCAUUCCCUGCACUCUAUACAUUCUAACAAUGCCCUCUCUUCUCCUGCUCGUUUGCGCUUCGCUUCAUAUGCGCUCUCGUUUGCCACCCUCCCCCAAAUCUCUGGCACUACCACUGAUGUGACGUUCGUCA